UUGCCUGCCUGAUGGUUUUAAUGUGAUUUAAGGUAUCUGUAUCUGUCAGAUUGAAGUGGAAAAUGCAAUAUAUUCUAUAUGGUGUCCUAAUGGCCCAUAUAUUAUUUUAGCUAUAGGCUAGGCUACACAUGACAUAACCAAUGGUUGCCUUGGCCUUAAGUACAUCUGAAUGACAUAAUGAUAUACUGUUAUCUGAUGAUAUAGAGGGUGCGUGCGUUCGUCUCCAUGCGUAAACUUUGUUCAACUUUACGUAAAGGUCAGACCAUUCGAGGUGACGCUUCAAUGUGUCUUUAGAGCAGGUUAAAUAACAUGCACAUGGGGGAUUUUACCAUGUGAAGUGUGAUAAAAACAUUAGGCUAUCAAAUCUGCGCAUGUGUCACAUUGUUGUAUUGUUUGUGUCAACAGCGCACUGAUUUGAGUCACACUAGACUGGCUCAUUUGGUGGAUAAGUUCCUAACCAAACAACAGUCAUAUCUUGCUUCAUAUAGGACCUACUUUGACCCUUGCUUAUCGGUGAACGAAAGGUUUAUAGGUAGCAUGUAAUCGCUUACCUGGUAACAGAAAGGCAACGCACUGGGUAAACACCGCAGCUCAAGGCAGAGAACAGUGAUAUCACUGCCUCUCCCUGACUUGCGUCUUUGCCAAGUAGUCGGGUUACGCUUUACCACACAUGGGACAGCGGGGAUCGAGACCCCAACCAGAGGCCCGAGUUCUCCUAUUGGGUCUCGACUCAGCGGGGAAAUCAACCCUUCUUUACAAACUGAAAUAUAACGAAUCGGUCAAUACCGUUCCCACCAUCGGUUUCAAUGUGGAGAUGAUAGAAGCCAAGAAGAAGAGGGAGACAGUUGCUCUGACCGUGUGGGACGUGGGCGGCCAGAAUACAAUGAGGCACUACUGGAAGAGCUUCUAUCAGGACACUGCUGGACUGGUGUUCGUGGUGGACAGCUCAGACAGGCGCCGGUUGGACGAGGCCCGGCGGGAACUAGAUCACGCCCUGAGGAGUGAAUUCUUACGGGGUCUGCCUGUGGUCAUCCUCGCCAACAAGCAGGACCUUCCCGAGGCCGUAUCCGUCACGGAGAUAACGGAGCGCUUUCACCUGAGGACGAUGAGCGUUGAGCGGGACUGGUUCGUUCAGCCCUGCUCUGCCGUGACCGGUGCUGGGCUUAUAGAGGGCUUCCAAAAGGUGGCACACCUGCUCAAACUACCAUCAGAGGACGUUCAAGACAAUAUUAAAGAGACAGUGCAGUAUCUACGAUCAAAAUCAGUCAUGUCAAGGGGUUUGUAAUGUUUGCAAUGAUAGGAUAUGUCAAAAGUUAUUGACAAAUGAUGAUAAUUUGUUUUUAUUGUUUACGGAUGAAAAUCACAUUUCACUAUGAUCAAUGUGUUUCAUGAAAAGGUUGUCACAGUGCAAUAGACUACAUGGAAACGAAAUCAAUCCACGAAGCUAUUCAAUUGACUUUAAAUCAGCCUAUGACAUUUUUUCCAACUAAAUUUAAUACGUUUGUAUCAGAUUAUUUCCUCUGAGAAAUAUGGUCAUAAAUAAUGUUAAGUCGCCUAUAGACCUAAUAAUUAACAUGUCAUUAUGAACUUUGGGGAGCAAUGCGUAAAAACGCACCCCAAAUGGUCAAAUUCACUUUUCAUCUUUUAUGUAGACCUAUAACCUAAUAUAUAUGUCUUGUAUCUAAUAAAAUGUCUUCCCUACAUGCUA